CCUGUCACAGGUGGGUUCAUCCCUGUCACAGGUGGGCUCAGCCCUGCCACCCCUGAUCUCAUCCCCGCGUUCCAUGUGCUGCCCACACACCAGGCUGGGUUCCUCACAGUCCCCUGUCCUGCUUUUCCAGGGUUUUGGAAACGGCUGCUGUCACGAUGCUGGGGCCAGAACACACGGAGUGAGCCUGAGUCAGAGCCAGAAGGGCCAAACACGAAUUCCUGCACCUCUCAUCCUGCUUUUAAUGAAGGGAACAACCUGCCUUACCUGUGCUGCACACCUGAGCACUGAGCAGAGACACACAGAGACACAGGAGGAGCAGCAUCUGCACUGGGAGAGGCUGGGCAGGAGGAAAAUCUCCAGCUGCUUUUGGGGUCUCUAGAGCUCCUGUGUUACAGUGUUCCUGGCUCUGCCUCUUCUCCCCACGAUGCUGGGAAGGGUCCUGUGCACGGUGCUGUUGGUGGGAGCCCUGCCACCCCCAGCUGGAGCCUCCCAGGGCCACAUCUCCGUGAUCCUGCUAGGAGCCACGGGGGAUUUGGCCAAGAAGUAUUUGUGGCAGGGUCUGUUCCAGCUCUACAGGGACCAAGUGAGCAGUGGCCACAGCUUCACGUUCCACGGGGGGGCCCUGGCAGCUCUGGAGCCGGGGCAGAGGCUGAUGUUUGACGUGCUGAAGAAGCUGUCCUGUCCCCCCGACGAGCCUCCCGACCGCUGCGCCGUGCUCAAGGACCAGUUCCUGAAGCUCAGCCAGUACCACCAGCUGAAAACUGCCGAGAAUUACACAGCUCUGAACAGGGAGAUCGAGACCCUGCUCAGCCAGGAGGGGCUGGAGGAGGCUGGCAGGAUCUUCUACUUCUCCGUGCCGCCCUUUGCCUACACGGAGAUCGCGGGGCACAUCAACGGCAGCUGCCGGCCGCGCGCCGGGGCCUGGCUGCGCGUGGUGCUGGAAAAGCCCUUUGGCCACGACCUGCCCUCGGCACAGCAGCUGGCUGCACAGCUGGCAGGCUUCUUCAGGGAGGAGGAGAUGUACCGAGUGGACCAUUACCUGGGCAAGCAGGCUGUGGCCCAUAUCCUGCCCUUUCGGGAUCAGAACCGACAGUUUCUGGACCCCAUUUGGAACCGGCACCAUGUGGAAAGAGUGGAGGUUGUCUUGAAGGAGACUGUGGAUGCUAAAGGGCGCACCAGCUUCUACGAGCAGUACGGGGUGAUCCGGGACGUGCUGCAGAACCACCUCACCGAGGCCCUCCUGUUCCUCAUCAUGGAGCUCCCUGCCAACGUCAGCAGCGCCCAGGAGGUGGUGCAGCACAAGCUGCAGACCUUCCAGGCCCUGUGGGGGCUGCAGAGGAGCAGUGCUGUGCUGGGACAGUACCAGGCCUACGACAGCCAGGUGCAGGAGGAGCUGCCCGAGGCUCGGGGCCACGUCAGCACCACGCCGACCUUUGCAGGGGUGCUGAUCCACAGCCACAGCCUGCGCUGGGAAGGGGUCCCGUUCCUGCUCACCUCGGGGAAGGCUCUGGAUGAGCGGGUGGGCUAUGCCCGCGUGCUCUUCAGGAACAGGGCCUACUGCCCCCAGAGUGGCACGCUGAGGGACGCAGGGCACAGCCAGUGCAAACCCAAGCAGAUCAUCUUCUACUUUGGGCAUGGCGCUCUCAACACCCCCGCGGUGCUGGUGAGCAGGAACCUCUUCCAGCCUGCCAUGCCCAAGGACAGCUGGAAGGAAGCAGGAGCUCGCUCAGACCUGCACAUCUUUGGGCAGCCACUGUCUGAUUUCUACAUGUACAGCCCUGUCAAGGAGAGGGAUGCCUAUUCCGUCCUCAUCUCCCACAUCUACCACGGCAGGAAGGAUUUCUUCAUCACCACGGAGAGCCUGCUGGCCUCCUGGGCCUUCUGGACGCCUCUGCUGGACAGCACGUCCCGGCUGCCCCCGCGCCUCUACCCCGGCGGCGUGGAGAACCAGCAGCUGCUGGACUUUGAGAUGGUGGCUGGGGGAGUGGAGUUCAGCCUGGCAGAGCCGGCAGAGCUGCUGCACCCCGGC